AUGGGUAGCGGCGGCCCAAUGGCGGCGGUCGGAAGCGAGCUCUUCACGGAUGUUAACCCAUUAUUUGUUCCAAUGUCGCAAGCCGUAAACGGUUGCGAUGCCUAUCCGUUCAGCGUCCAACUUGACGGUGCUUCAGUUGACCGCCUUGUUGGUAUCUCAAGUUUGCACUACAGAAGGAGUUCACGACCAAUCUGCAGAGGUUCGCCGAUGGUUUGCGCAGAACAUGGUCAAACCAUUGCAAUCGUCGAUGCUGGAUGUAUGAUGCUAGACUUGCUGGUACACGACCCAGAUUGUCUCCGGUUUUUGGACGCGGAUGAUCGGGAAAGAUUGGUCAAAAAUGACGCUGGUCCUAUUCCCUUUAAAACCGAACUCAAGGGCUACCCUUGCUCCCCGCUUUAUGCGCACAUUGCAAAUUAUUUGGCCUUGAUUGCCAUGAGUGGGACCUGCCCUGUCUUCAACCAGCCUAAAUUUCAGACCCUCCACGAAUGGAAUAACGCUACUUAUCGGUAA